GCUUUCAUAGCAAUAGUCCGUUCUGAGCCCAACACAGAGGUGAAUGUAAUGUAACCGUCGUGCAAAGAUAGUCAUACAAACCUGUGAGUAGAUUAAUCAUACAAUGUGGAAUCUACGGUAUCUACUAAACUGAAUCAGUUUAGAUUCUGAAACUACCGAGGUUAUCGACUAAGAGUGUCAAGUGACAGAUUGACCGAUAUUUGUUAAAGAAUUGGUCGUUUGAAGUAGAUGUGCGACCGUACCGCCUCAAACAAACAAACAUGGCCCAACAUGCGUUUUGAUCAAGCCUGACGGUAAAACGUUGGACUGCUUCGGAUUUGAGGCGGAGCAUCGCUACGCCGAGCUGUGUGAAACUGGUGAAUACAAACGCUGGUAUUUCUUUAACAGGUUUUCGAAGAUGCUCUGGAACAAGCCGAUACACAAGGACACGAUGUUUGAAGACAAAAGUGGAAAACGACUUCCAGCUCUUAAAGUGUUAUCACUGGCAAUUAGGUACAUGAGUACAGACGUGGUUUCAAUAAUGAAAAGUCAAUCAAGCAAAUUGACCCCGCAAGACAUCAAUUGGGUGUUGACAAUACCUGCAUUAUGUGAUGAUUCAGCAAAACUUUUCAUGAGCUUGGCUGCUCAAGAGGGCGGGCUAUUAAUGAAGAAUUGCGCGAUUCUAUUAACGUCAGCGGCGGCGACCAUUUACUGCAGAUACGUUAUUCCCAAAGGAUAUACACUUACUGGCGGUACAACGUAUCGGGCUGGACAAAAAUACAUAGUUCUGGAAGCAGAUACUGAAGAAACUUACAUCAACUUGCAUGAGAUGUAUAGUGAAAACAAACUGCAAGAACUCUACAAAGCCACUGAUGGUACCUGCCUAUGGACAAUGGUGGAAAAUUCAUUCUUAGAUUUCCUUGCAGAUUUAAUAGGAAAAGAAGCAAUCCAUCAUUUUAAAGACAUUGAACGGGAGGAUUACAUGGAAUUAUUGCAUGAUUUUGAAAUAAAAUCAACAGCAGUAGAUUUAAACACCUUAGCAACUGUAAGACUCCCAAUUGCUCUCAUUGAUCAAGUCAAUGAUGAGAAAGGACAGUCUAUGAAAGACAUCAUUUCAAAAUCUCAACACGCUAAACACGUAAAACUGAAUGGCGAAAAACUGCGUUUGGACGGCAGUUUGUUCCGUUCAAUCUUUAAGCAAUCAAUAGACAAGAUAAAAAAUAUUCUUUCCGCGGUUUUACGUACGCCUGAGGCCAGAGGUUGUGAAACAAUCCUAGGAGUGGGGAGAUAUUUUGAGUGUUCGAUUCCGAUGGAAGCCGUUCGCAAGGAAUUUUCCGGAAUGAACAUCAUCGUUCCAGCUGAAGCCGAACUUGCUGCCGUAAGGGGGGCUGUUUUGUUUGGACACCGUCCGCUUGAAGUCGUUGACCUUAAGAAACCAGACGUUUCCAAUGUCCCUGAUCUAGAUUCUCUUGCAAGUGAUGAUGCAUCCAGUUAUGACCACGGCGAUUCUAGCACAAUCGAAGCCGAAUUAAAAGAGAUGAAUGAUUUGUUGAAAUGCAAGAGAUGUAAACAGCGACGGGUGGCGUUGACCUUCUUGCCAUGCGGCCACUGCAUCACCUGUGAAAAGUGCGGAUUGGAGGUCCGGAGCUGUCCCAUGUGUCCAGCUGCGGGAUCCAAUGUGCAAGGAACAAUUAAAACGCUGUUUACGUCCAACUCGGUGUCCUUUGGAUCUUAAGAAAGGCUGUGUCUAUUUUAUUUACGUGUACACUAUUGGAAAGAUUUUGUAUUUAUAUUCGAAGCAUAUAUCAAUCGAUUCUAUUGAAUCUACAAGGGCUGUCAAGAAAGUUCAUUCGUUGACUACGAAAUAUUGCCAUAACAAACCAAUUAAUAUGAAUCUUAAAUACAUUUCUUUUUAAAAAUUGACAUCUGAAUAUGAUGCCGUUAAAAAAGUAACUGUAAAGACAUGU